GCCCACACGGAGCGCCGUCGAGCUCUGGAGGCCAGCCUACAGGAUACACAACUGGAGCUCGAAGCCGCUGCGGAGAGAGCGGCCCUGGAGGCUGGACUCCUGGCAGGUUCCGCAGCUGCUGCUGCCGGAAACAGAGGCGACGUGCUCCAGGAGCUUGCUGGCGCCUCCGUUGCUCGCAAAGCCGCCGAGAACCGAAAGCGGUGGCUGAAAGAAGAGCUGAAGGCCGUGGAGGCGCAGAGGCCUCCCCCAGCCGCAGUGACCGCGCCACUCCUGGAGAUGCGCCGGGAGGUUCAGCAGCUUCGUGCUCAACUGCACGCUGCCGAAGCUGA